CCCUGAGUAACAGUGUAAUUGUACAGCCGUUCAGUCUGGGCUCGGCGCACCCGCCUUGGCCGACGCCGAGAGCCGCGGGGUCCCCCAAAAGGCCGGCUAGAAUCUCCCAAGGUCCCUUUUCCCAUUUUACCUUCUUCAUAUAUCGCCAAAAUGCCUGACAAUUUUGAACCCCUAAAGAAUGACCUGCUCUUGAGGGCAGCGCGGGGCGAGAAGGUUGAACGCCCGCCGAUAUGGGUGAUGCGACAAGCUGGACGAUACCUCCCCGAGUACCACGAAGCGAAAGGAAACCGGGAUUUCUUCGAAUGCUGCCGCACACCUGAGAUCGCGUCCACGCUUACUCUCCAGCCCAUUGAACGAUAUGCAGGGCUCAUUGACGCGGCAAUUAUCUUCUCCGAUAUCCUCGUCAUUCCGCAGGCGAUGGGUAUGACCGUGGAGAUGGUCGAUAAGAAGGGCCCGGUCUUCCCCGAGCCGCUGAAGUCGCCGGACGACGGGCAAUACGAGAAAGUGAUGAAGAAGCAGGUCGACGUCAAGGCAGAGUUGCAGUAUGUUUACGACGCUAUCACGCUUACGCGGCACAAGCUGAAGGGCCGCGUGCCGCUGAUUGGCUUCUGCGGUGCCCCUUGGACAUUGCUUUGCUACAUGGUCGAGGGCGGUGGUACGAAGCUCUUUAUUCAGUCUAAGACGUGGAUCUUCAAGUACCCGGAGCAGUCAAAGGCUUUGUUGCAGAAGAUUGCCGACAUCUGUGUCGAGUACCUGGCUCUGCAGGUGGCCGCAGGAGCGCAGCUAGUCCAGGUCUUCGACUCGUGGGCGGGGGAAUUGUCUCCAGCAUCCUUCAAGUCUUUUGCGCUGCCCUACCUACGACACAUCUCUGAGAAUCUUCCGAAGAGGCUGAAGCAAUUGGAUCUGGAGCCAGUCCCCAUGACUGUCUUUGCGAAGGGUGCGUGGUAUGCACUGGACGAACUUUGCGAGUCGGGAUAUAAUGUCGUCGGUCUUGACUGGCUACACGACCCGGCCGAGGCUUACCAGAUCGCAAGGGGCCGGGUGACCCUGCAGGGUAAUGCCGACCCUGGCGUCCUAUACGGAGGUAGGGAGGCUAUAACAGCAGUGGUAGAGAAUAUGGUCAAGGGCUUCGGCGGUGGGAAGAAAGGAUGGAUUGCCAACUUGGGACACGGCAUUACUCCCUUCGUGAACCCCGAAGACCUGCGGUUCUACUUCCAGGAAAUCCACCGACUAACCGCUUCACCAUGAGCGCUCUGCCUCCUCCACAACAAACUCACACGCUGGGACGACUCUGGUCAUACAUUGCAUGCUUGCACAUGUCGCCUGACCUACGGACGAAGAUAGAAAAAAAAAUCAUACCGUCAUGCAUAUUUCAAACACCGAUAUCCU